AUGCUCCGUCUAUACAUUUGCACCCUCCUCGCGCUGCUGUGGCAAGCAGCCAGCGUCCACAGCGCAGCGUUGACGCACGUCUCCCGUCAACAAUGCCAGACAUCAGGCAUGCACUGCCCCGCCGGGACAAUCAAGGUGUCGGCCUCCGACAAGCGCGCAGACUUCACAACUGUCCAGGCUGCCAUCGACUCCUUGCCCAAUGACAACUCCACCCAGACCAUCCUCAUCCUCGCCGGCACGUACAAGGAGCAAUUGAACGUCACCCGCGCCGGGCCAAUCACCCUCCUCGGCCAGACCCAUGCGUCUACGGACGCGGCUCAAAACCAGGUGACUAUCACCUGGGCGGCGGCGAACAAGGACAGUACCGGGCAGAGCGUGGAUAACGUGUUCUCAAGCGUGCUGAUCGUGUCGCCGACGCUGGAUGCGAGCCUGACUGGUUCGGGUACGACAGGCUAUGCGGUGCCGGAUGAUACGCCGUUCGGCAACAAAGAUUUCCGCGCGUAUAACAUCGAUUUCACAAAUACGUGGGCUGAGUAUAGUGAUGGGCCGGCGCAUGCGUUGAGCUUUAGCCGCGCGAAUGGUGGCUUCUAUUACUGCGGCUUUUACUCCUACCAGGACACGGUCUACGUAGGAAAACUCGGCAAUGCCUACUUCUACAAAUCCAUCCUAGCCGGCCAAACCGACUUUCUCUACGGCUUCGGCACAGCCUGGAUCCAAUCCUCAGACGUCCUCCUCCGCGGCUGCGGAGGCGGCGUAACAGCCUGGAAGGGCACAAACACCACCUUCCCCAACAAAUACGGCGUCUACAUCGUAGAUAGCAGUGUGCGCGCCGCAAACUCCUCCGUCGCCCCGAGCAUCAAAGGCGCCUGCGCGCUCGGCCGGCCUUGGAACUCGCAGCACCGGUCGAUCUUCGCGCGCACAUUUGAGGACGGCAGUAUCGAGGCUAGCGGGUAUAUUGACUGGGUUGUGUCGGGCGUGGCACGGUAUGAGAAUAAUGUUACGUUGAUGGCGGAGUAUCAAGUGUAUGGGCCGGGAUUCAAUGCGACGGGGCGGGUGGAUGGUGGUGUGACCACUGUGCUGGGGAAGAAUGGGUUUGAGCCGUAUAGCGAGCCGAGGAAGGUGUUCCAGAACGCAGAUGGUGUUUUUGGGGAUGUUAGGUGGAUUGAUUGGGAGACUGUUGGCAAGUAG